AUGGGAGUAUGUUUGAUGUUUCAGGAAUCAGUAACCUUCCAGGACGUGGGCGUGGACUUCACCCUAGAGGAGUGGAGAUGCCUGGGCCCCGUGCAGAGGGCCCUGUACAAGAAUGUCAUGUUGGAGAACUUGGAGAGCCUCAUUUCUUUGGGGCUUCCUGUUUCCAUCCUGGAAGUGGUCUCCCUCUUGGAGAGAGGAGGAGCACCAGGGAUGCCCAAGGUGGUGGACCCCAGGAGGCUUUGGCCAGUAACAUUUCUGGGGUGUGAUCUUAGUAUCGGGAUUCUUAGAUCCAAGGGCAGGAGCAGUUGGGAUGCCCGAAGACUGCAGGUGCAGGUGAGUAUGACCCAGGCAGCCCUCCUCAAGACACGUUCCAGUGAGAAGCUAUAUAAAUCUAAUGAAUGUGGAAAAGCCUUUGGGUGUAAUGUAUAUGGUAAGAUCUUCAGCCAGAGAAAACACCUUACAAGACAUCGCAGAAUUCAUGCUGGAGGAAAUUCAUUUGAAUGUAAUGAACGUGGGAAAGCCUUCAGCCAGAGGCAAUACCUUAUUGCUCAUCAAAUAAUUCAUAAUGGAGGGAAACCUUUUGAAUGUAAUGAAUGUGGGAAAGCACUCAGCCAGAGGGGACACUUUACAAGACACCAGAGAACUCAUAUUGCUGAACAUCGGAGAAUUUAUACUGGAGAGAAACUGUAUAAAUGUACUGAGUGUCUGGAAGCCUUUAGGCAGAGGGGCCAUCUUACUGAUCAUCAGAGAAUUCAUACUGGAGAGAAGCCUUUUGAAUGUAGUGAAUGUGGGAAAGCCUUCAACCAGAUGGGAAUCUUUACUUCUCAUCAGAGAAUUUGUACUGGGGAGAAACCUUUUGAAUGUGAGGAAUGUGGGAAAGCUUUUAGCAAAAGAGCCAAUCUUACUGAACAUAAGAGAAUUCAUACUGGAGAGAAACCUUAUAAAUGUGGUGAAUGUGGGAAAGCCUUCAGCCAGAAAAGAGUUCUUAUAGAUCACCAGAGAAUUCCUACUGGAGACAAACCCUUUGAGUGUGAUGAAUGUGGGAAAGCCUUCAGCCACAGACAGUAUCUGAUUGCUUAUCAGAGAACUCAUAUUGAAGAGAAACCCAUUGAAUGUCAUGAAUGUGGGAAAGAUUUUAGCCAGAAAGGGAAACUUAUUGAACAUAAGAGAAUUCAUACAGGAGACAAACCUUUUGGGUGUAAUAAAUGCGGGAAAACUUUCAAUCAGAAAGGGUGUCUUAGUAGACAUCAGAGAACUCACACUGGAGUGAAACCCUUUGAAUGUAACGUAUGUGGGAAAGCCUAUGGCCAAAGGGGACACCUUAUUAGACAUCAAAGAGCUCACCAUUAACAUGGGAAGUGGGGGAAAGGAAUAAGCAUUUAUAUAGUA